AUGAGCACCCAGGCCAAGACCAACAAGCCCGCGGGCAAGCAGCGCAGCGCCAUCGCCGACGUUGUCGCGCGCGAGUACACGAUCCACCUGCACAAGCGCGUCCACGGCGUUGCGUUCAAGAAGCGGGCGCCCCGCGCCAUCAAGGAGGUCCGUGCCUUCGCUGAGAAGGCCAUGGGCACCAAGGACGUCCGUCUCGACCCCCAGCUCAACAAGAAGGUCUGGGAGUCCGGCAUCAAGGGCGUUCCCUUCCGCCUGCGCGUCCGCAUCUCGCGCAAGCGUAACGACGAGGAGGGCGCCAAGGAGAAGCUGUACUCGUACGUGCAGGCCGUCAACGUCAAGGACCCCAAGGGCCUGACCACGGCUGUCGUCGAGGACGCUUAG